CUGGGUGGAAAACUGUUUGGAGAUUUAGCCUGGCAGCUCUUCGCCUCCUUUUGGUUGCUUAGCUCUUCCUUGGUCCCAGCUCAGCGUUUAGCCUCUCCUCCUAGGCUUGCUUUGCCUAAGUCUUGCGGCAAACAUCGGACCAGGUUACUUCCAGGUCUAGAUUUCAGAAAUGUCUGCCAGCAUGGUGAAGGUGGAUGGGAUGCAGGUGAUGGAAGGGGACUCCCAACCAACCCAAAUCAAUAUACACAUCCACCAGGAGUCAGCUCUGACGAAGCUCCUUGAGACUGGGUGUUCCUUCUUGAAACCUAGGAUUUAUUCCCAGAGCAAAAGGGUGCUCCAGGCACAGCUGGCACUUGGGGUGUCAUUGAUAUUGCUGGGAGUCUCAAGCUGCUCUCUUGGGAUAAUACUGUAUUUUGGGCCUUGGAUUCCCCUGCGGACCACAGGUUGUGCCUUUUGGGCAGGGGCUGUGGCCGUCUUGGCUGGGGCCGUGGCCAUCAUCUAUGAAAAACGUCAGAACAACUGCUGGGGUGGUGUGGCUGCCCUGCUUGCCCUGAUCAGCAUCUCCACGGCCCUUGCUGCUGUCGUCCUCUGUUCGUAUAGCUUUGCAGACACCCCUUUUUUUUUCAACGACAUGAGAAGGAUCUGUGAGCGGAUGCCAGUAGAAACCCCCACCUAUAGCUGGCAUUAUAAUAAUGUGAAAGCUGAAGACUGUGAGAGGACUUUGGACAUCAUGUUGCAAUUGUUCCAGGGAAUCCAGGCCAUGCUGUUGGCCAUCUGUGCCAUGAUGCUUCUUAUGUCUCUGGCCUCCCUGGGUGUGGGUCUCCGUCACAUGUGCUGCCAGAACUCUGAAUUCCAGGCUGAGGAAGCGUCUGAAUGGAAGCUGCUGGGAGGAGAAUCACUUCCUCCCUCACCAUACAAGGAGAAAUCCAGUGGGACCAUUAAUAUGUGAGCUGGGGUUCUGUCUGGAGCAGGAACAUUUAUUCCAGAGACUCCUGCCAUUUCCCAGCUGGAGAGUCCCCAGGCCCUGGAGGCAUCUGGCUGCCCUGAAGGUUCUCUGGGCCAGGAUGGAGCAUCAUCGCUGAGAACCCUCUUCCUUACCCAACACUUUACCUUUAUCUCCAGUUCUGCUCAGCCUCUCCCCACCCCCAUUUCUCAUUCACUGCUCACCUCUCACUUUCUCCUUGAAAGGGAGUUCCAUCUAUUCCACUCCUAGAUAUCCCCCUGAUACCCGGCAGUCCUUUGUCCUGAGGCUAAUCUCAAAUAAUAAAUGCUUUGAAUUCA